AUGGCUAUGGAGACUAUGGCUGUUGAAUUGCCUGAUCUAAAUACACUCGCGCCUCAACCACCGGCUGAGGAAACGGCUGAGGAAAAAUACGAGCGUCUUCUCCGUCGAGCACGUAGCGAGGAUCUGAGUGAAGUAUCUGGUAUAGGAUGCUUAUACCAAAGCGGCGUAGACAGACUCGGGAGACCGGUGGUAGUAUUCAUCGGCAAAUGGUUCCCCAUCACCGAAAUAGAUCUCGACAAGGCUUUAUUAUAUCUCAUCAAGUUACUGGAUCCUAUAGUUCGUGGUGAUUACGUCAUAGCAUACUUCCACACGCUGGCUUCGUCAAACAAUCAUCCACCCUUCUCAUGGCUGAAGGAGGUUUAUACCGUGCUGCCUUAUAAAUAUAAGAAGAAUUUGAAAGCCUUUUACAUAGUACAUCCUACGUUUUGGACAAAGAUGAUGACGUGGUGGUUCACAACAUUCAUGGCGCCUGCCAUCAAGGCAAAGGUCCACACACUGCCAGGCGUCGAGUAUUUAUACUCUGUGAUGGCUAGAGAUCAGCUUGAGGUUCCCGCCUUCGUCACAGAAUACGAUAUGACGUUGUCAAAUCUAAUGUCAAAAAAAGUUUGUAUCAACAACUACUAA